ACUCUGAGAAAACAGGGUUGACAUAAAAAGAUUAGGCUUGUAACAUUAAGUACCGCUCAUGAGAAUGCUGACUAUUUACACAGAUUGCAAGCUUAUCAUUUUCUGGGACGAUGGUAUGGAAGACAACCCACUUUUUGUUCUGACUGUAUGCUGGUUUGCUUCAUGCAAAUGCAUUUGAGAGAACAGAGAAGACGGGAGAAGAGGCUUAAGGACUAGGCAUGAAGUGUGGAGAAAAAUAUUCACUGAUCAUCAUAGAAACCCAGAACAAGAAAGGCAUGAAAUGGAUUUUUUCAUCAGAAUCUGGCAGGUGGUCUUUCUCCUCCUUUUCAGCGGCAAAUUCUGCGACUGCUACAGAGUCAGUUGUGUUGGAAAGCUGAUAGUAGAUUCAGAUGUUAUCCACCUGGGCUCCAACUUGACUGUAGGCUGCCAAUCAAACACUGAGCACUGUGGGAGACACUUUGCCAUAGUCUUCAAUGGAGAGACCAUUUUCGAAACAAUUAAUUGCUCUGUAAUAAAAACACAGAUAGUCAUCAAUCAGCCCAGAUUUUGGCUACUCUGCAAGGUGAAGGAGGGAGACACAUGGCACACUGUUUGCGGCCAAGAUUUCAAGGCUGGCUACCCUCCAGGUAAUCCGAAAUUCAGCUGCGUCACAUACCAAAAUUCGGAAUAUGUUAACUGCUCUCUAGUGGUUACAACUGAGACAUAUUUAUUUACCAAUUUCAUAGUGACAUUUCACAACAGCACAUCCCAGUUCAUCCAGUAUGCGAUGAACAAAGACGGCCAUGUCUCUAUUCCACGAUCGCUGUUUGUUGAGAACAUGACAUAUAAAGUCCAUGUAAGAGGUCACAAUGCAUUAGGAGAGUCACACUCUACUUUCAACUUCUCGAUCUGGGACAUUGUAAUUCCAAGCACUCCAGAUAUAACACGAGCUGUGUUUGAAAAUGGCACUCUUUCUCCUACAAUAUGCUGGAAUGGCUCAGAAGAUAUUUUGAAACCAAUUUUGAGGUUCAGAGAAGCACAUGAUGACCAGGACUGGGGCCAGGGAAGUGUGAAGGAGCUCCAAGCUGGAUGUAUUUUGAUGCAGGAAGCCUUAGAACCGUUGACGCCCUAUCAGUUUGAGCUGAGAGUGUGUGUUACUUCAACAAACUGCAGCAUGUGGAGUCAUCCCUUCAAUAUAACCAGCCCAGGAAUUGCACCCUCACACAAACUUGAUGUGUGGAGAGUCAUCAACAGGACCAGUACUCAUGGAGCUCUGAAUGUCACAGUGUUGUGGAAGCGCUAUACACCAGAAUAUUACAGUGGAGAUUUGUUACAUUACAAGUUAUCUUAUAAAGAAGAAGGCAAGAUCCAUGAACUGAAUUGCCCAGCUCACGUCACUCGUCAAACUCUUCAGCUGAACGCAGCAGAAGUUAACGUCAGUGCUGUGACAGCAGCAGGUUCCUCCCCACCUGCACCUGUCAGCUUGAUAUAUACAGACAAAGUGUUUUUAAUUAUUAUUAUUUUUAAAUCCUGCUCAGUGACUGAAGGGUCACUUAAUCUCUUAAUCUACUCUAUUGUUUCUUUUUCAGAGCCUCUAGCUGGUCCAGAUGUAUCAAUUACCAAUACAGGGGGAAAAAAGAUUUUGAUUCAAUGGGAUGAGCUUAAUCAAGAUAAACAAAGGGGAUUUAUCACAAACUACACCAUUUACUUCCAGAGACAAAGAGACAAGAGACUUCUUCAGAACCAAACUGUGCCUAAUGCAUUUCCUAGACGUUUGAGUUGGGAGCUGCAAGGCCAACAGGAGUGUGUCGAAAUCCUUGUCUCUGCAUGGAAUUCUGCGGGUGAAGGGCCCAAAGGAAAACCUGCCACUUGCUGUUGUCACAGCAAACUGUCAUACAAAACUGGUUCAGACAAGACAGGUGGAAUGAUAGCUGGAAUUUGUUUGGCUGCUGCUGUUCCUAUGGUGAUCCUGGCCAACCUGAUGUACCUAAAAUGUGUGCGGCAAAGAAUGAUGAAAAUGUGCAUGUCCAUUGGAGUCUCUUGGAUUUUCGAAAAUCUACCAAAAUUUGAUAACAGCAAUGCUAUAAAACUACUAAAGGAUGACAGCCAUGGCCCUUGGGGAGCUCAUCCCGGAGACAACGAUCCUCCCUUAACUCCCAUUGAGGAAGUCAGUCUGUCUUUGGAGAGACAAGACUCUUAUCCAACUGUGCUUCAUGUCACAGAAACACCCACAACGAAUCUAUUUUGUAUUGAUUCUCCUUAUAAACCUCAGUUAUUGACAGCUUCACAGAGAAAUGAAGACUUCUCUGAGACUACAGAUGAGGAGCUAAAGGAGGAGGACCAAAUCCCUUUCUUGGCGUCGCCAUCACAUCAUGACUUCAGUUGGGAUUUAUCCUGUAUUCCCGUGAUACAUGGACGUCUUAAUAGCUUCUUAGCUAUGGAUGGAGCGCUGGGCUCUUUGGGCAUUCUUGAAGAUCUCCUUGCUCCCCCUAAGAAAGCUUCCAAUAAGGAUGGAGGAGUGGAAGAGAAUGAGAGGAUUGUAGAAACAGGAGAUAUAGACCAGAGCACUUUCACAAGUCAAACUGUACUACCCAAUGACCUGGAGAGCUGCCUCAGAGGGCCUGUCUUUAAUUCCAGCCCAUACUCCCCACAAAGGCUUUGCCAUAGUUUUUCAGUUCCAGAAGAGGUUUAGGCACUCAAAUAUCAUGCGGCAAGAGUACAUCUGAACUAUAUUCGCAUGGAUGUGAUUUGGCCAUAAACACAAACAUAGACAGGAUCUUACAUGACAUCUUCUUGUACAUAAAGCAUUAUGUUUUUUUCAGUGAUGAUAGACUAUUUUCUUUAUAUUGUCUGCAUAUACAGUGUGGCUUUAGUCCGAUCUAAAUCACUUUGUGGUUUCCGCACACUCUGAGGAUAGUGUCUAAAGUAAGCUGUACUGUAUGUUGCUGAUCGAUUUAUUCAUAGGAACUUCUUCCUCUUGAAUACUAUUUUGACACAAAAGAAAAGACACAUGACACACUGCACUUUUUUCUGCUUAAUUGUACUGAAUGUGCACUUGUAGUGUACUUCAAAUUCUAAAAGUGUAUUUAAAAAACUAUACUUGGAGAUAGAAGGCCUAAAUAGAAGGCCACUUAAAGGUCAAGUAUGUAGUUUUUGCGAUACUAGUGUCACCUAGCGGAAUCACAAACACUGUCAACUGUUGCAAAUUCCUUUAAGAUUAUACACUCUUAAAAAUAAAGGUGCUUCAAAAGGUGUUU